AUGGGCAAAUGCCUGCUCUCCCUGACAGAGGACUUUCACACCGAGCUCAUCGGCCAGGUGCCCUCGUUUGAUCUGAACCUGGUUGAAAAGCAGACUUCAAACGAAAAGCCUGAGGUCUUGGACUUUGCGACCUACCAGAAGUCUGAAGAACAUGCUCAAGAACCACGUCACAAAGGAGCUCAAGUGUUUUGGUCCCAGAUCUGGGAAGUGUAUGCUGGGGAAUCCCGCAUGUCGCAAAUUGCAGAAACUUUGGGAUGCCAAGUUGAAGUUUUUGGAUAUGAAUCUGGCUGGGAUUUUGAUGACCCCAGCCAUCGCAGAACUUUCCUGAAGAAGCUCGGUGAGGAAAUGCCCGAUGAAGUUUACUUGGCUCCCCGAUGUGGACUGUGGUCACCAAUGCAGUCCAUCAAUGCCUUGACUCCUGAAAAAUGUGAAGAGCUUUCCAUCCAGCGUCAACACCACCAUGAUGUACAUCUGCAGUUUUGCAAGGUCAUCUACAUCCGACAGGUUCGAGAUGGCCGACAUGCACAUCUAGAACAACCUCAAGCUGCAUGGCACUUGGCGAUUGGUGAAGAAGUCUACGAGUUUGCAGACUUCAAAGCGAGCAGUUGCACAGGCUAUGACCGUGGCCAUCAACAUUGCCAACUUGAAGGUCAAAUGCCUGGCUUUGGAAGAGCAGGAGCCAGCUACUUGAAAGAUUACCAGCCCACUUUGGCUUCUGUGCUGGCUUCAUGCCUUGCUGCUCCUGAAGUUCCAACUGCAUGGGACACUGCCUUCGCCGUCAAUGAGGAGAAAGCCAUCCAUGGGCAGAUCGUCAGCGCCUCGACCAUCGCACCUGUUGAGAUGCUGGAAUCCAGAGGAGCUUCCGAGGCCGUCUUGAAUGUGGCCAGAAGCUACCAGUGUCAUGCCUGUUUGAAGCGCAUGAAAGGCAUUGGAUCUCACACUUUGGAGUUCCUGCACGACUUGUCACUGAUGAAGGUCGAGGUUGGCUACAUGAUGAUUUCCAAGAAUGGACAGACUCACAGUCCAUCCAACAUGUUGUUGCAGCUGGUGAAGCUCAUGAACAACUUGCCUUGGUGGAGCGCCGGCAUGCAGUUCUCAGUAAAGCACUGGAAGUCUAUCUCAUGGACUUUGGACUUGAAGAUGCCAAUGCCAUUCGACAGGCUCUCUCCUACGUCCUACGUGGUGCCCCAGUUGAACAACAACCCUUCGACUUCUCCUUCUCAGUGGGUUUUGGGUCAAUCACCAACCUUCCCCGGAGAACUCCUUGGCACCAAUCUGACUCCAGUGCACUUGGACACACCUUUUGAGGACGAACUGUCCCGCAGAGCUGUGGCGAAGAUGGCCAUUGUCCAGGCCGAUGCUGAUCAGAAACUUCGAAGGGCACUCCUUCGAAAAUACGCUGGCACCAACAUUGCAUUGUCUCCUGGCCAGACUUGCUUUUACUGGAGAGACGCCCGAGCUGCUGACCUUGUGAAAAUCAGGUGGAAGGGACCAGCAACGGUCCUGAUGCGUGAGGAUGACGAUGAUGGCCAUCCUCGAGUUUAUUGGAUUGGUCACAAGACACAACUACUUCGAUGCGCUCCUCACCAUGUGCGACCUGAAAUCGGCCGCAGCACCUCCACCUUGAUCGGCGAUCUCCAAGUGGCCAAGGACAUGCUGCAAGCUUUGAAAUCCAGAGGAGUCACCAGAUACUCCGACCUGAGAAGAUUGGUCGAUCCUGCCGUCUACGAACGUGAAGCCCUUGGCAUUUCCGAGUUUGAACAAAUCGAGCGGGAAAUGGACUUCACUCCUGCUCCUCCUUCAGUGCCAUACUCUCCAUCUGUGGCAUCCUCCAUUGCCAAUGAUGCUGAACAAUCACAUCCCAUUGGGCUUCGGGACCAGCAUCAAAUUCCUCCUGGACUUGAGGAACAAGCUGCCGAUGGCGACCCGCCUGGACUUGCGAUCGACCCCCAAGCUCCUGGACUUGGACUUUUGGAGCCUGAGCAGCUUGGAGAUGGAGACAUUCCACAAUCUGACAUGCAGGGCGAUGAAACUGACCUCCACGUUCCUUUCUCUAUGGAACCUUCUCGAGAGCCGAGUCCCAAGACACCCCAACCACCACGAUUGCCACAAGCUGCUCAACUUGACCCUGUCACUGCGGCAUACUAUGACCCUGCGACAGCUGAAGAAUUUCGAGAACAUCGCAGACGACUGGAACGACAAGAGACGAUGAUUUUGGACCCAUCAGAGGACGAAUGUUUCAGACCUCCACUACCACUUCAUCAGGCCUCCUGA